AUGCGCGCCAAGCGGAGGCCGAAGGCCGUCGCCUCGGGCGAGGACGUCGCCUCGGGCGAGGACGCAUUGCCGAGCGCACAACAUCCGCUCGGGGUGCAGCCAUGGGGCAACUUUCUAUCGAGCAGCGUCCCAGACGCGAGACCCGCGGGCCUGGGGCGUCUGUCGGCGCUCACCGACGAGAUUCUGCUUCGCGUGCUGGGGUUUCUGUCAGACGGCCGCGACCUGGCACGCACAGCAUGCUGCUCGCGCGCCCUGUUCGCGCUGAGCUACCACGAGGACCUCUGGAAAGCGCUCGUCCUCGAGCACGACGACGGCUCGUUCCGCUUCCGUUCCAGUUGGCGCGAGACCUUCGCGUGCCUCCACGACCCAGACCUGGAGCGCCGCCUCCUCAACAACGAGCGCUCGGGAGCGGACCGCGGCCCCCGGAGCGCCGUGUCGGCGCGCGGGAUCUACAGCGACCUGCUGUACGAGCCCUGGCGGUGUGCGACGGCCCCGGUGGACCCUGCGUGGCUGGAGCGCGACAACAUGCCGCGCGAGGACGCAACGCUGAGUCUACAGGAGUUCCGCGAGAAGUACGAGCGGCCGAACAGGCCCGUGCUGAUCCGCGGCGCAUGCGAGAACUGGGAGGCGCUCCGCGCGUGGACGUUCGCGGGCCUCGAGGCAGCGUACGGCGCGUCCAGGGUGCCGGUGGUGGUCAAUGACGCCAAGAUGCCGUACGCCGAGUACGCGCGGUACAUGCGCGAGCAGUGCGACGAGCAGCCCAUGUACCUGUUCGACCCGUGGAUUCUGAGCGGGCGGGAGGGGGACUGGGAGGUCCCCAAGUGGUUUGCCGAGGACGCGUUCGCGGCGCUGGACCCCGAGCACCGCCCGCAGCACCGCUGGCUCAUCGUCGGGCCCGCACGGAGCGGAUCGAGCUUCCACAAGGACCCCAACGCCACGUGCGCGUUCAACGCCGUGAUCCGCGGACGGAAGAAGUGGAUCCUCUUCCCUCCGUCCUGCGUCCCGCCCGGUGUGCGCGUGUCGGACGGCGGCGCAUCUGUGGCAUCCCCGCUCUCCAUCGCCGAGUGGCUGCUCCGCUUCUACUCCCAGACGAAAGAUCCGGCCGCGACGGGCGGAGUGCGGCCCAUCGAGUGCAUCUGCGGCGCGGGGGAGACCGUCUACGUGCCUCGUGGCUGGUGGCAUCUCGUGUGGAACCUCGAGCCGUCCAUCGCGGUGACUCAGAACUUCGUGCCGGCGUCGGGCCUGCGCCCCGUCCUGGACAUGCUGGCCACGCGCGACCCGGAUCUGAUCUCCGGCGUUCCAGCGCGCGACCGGCCGCUGCUGUAUGACAGACUGAUAGCAGCCCUCAAGGUGAAACGCCCCGACAUGCUGGAGGCGAUGGAGGCGAUGGAGGCCGAGCAGCGCAAGUCUCGCAAGACAGGUUUGGCGAGCAUGUUCGCGGCCGCGGACGGCGAACGCCCCAGUGGCGGGGGGGCUGCUGCUGUCAGCGGGCACAGCACGGGAGGCUUCAGGUUCAGCUUCACGAUGUGA